AUGGUAUCCAUCGUUCUAGGUUUGCCGGAGGGUAAUGUGGAUAGCGACGAGGACGACGAGUCAUGUCCGAGUGGUGGUUCGUACAUGGAGUUACACGACAACGUUCGCGAGUGCCUGGAGAAGGACCCGUCAGAGCGGUGCUGUGAGGACAUCCACGUGUUGCUGGACUUCAUGCAAAACAUGCCAGCGUUCGCUAACCUGCCGAUGUGCGUGCGACGUGAAUUGUGCUGCAAAAUGGUGUUCGCUAUCGUUGACAAGGCUGGCACGGUGGUCAUGAAAAAUGGCGAGCAGUUGGACUCAUGGUCGGUCAUCGUCAACGGCGAAGUGGAAGUGACACUUCCUAACGGUCAGAAAAAGUCUUACCACCUCGGUGACUCAUUCGGUGUCAAGCCGGUCGCUGAUCCUCAAUACCACGUUGGCGAGAUGCGAACCGUCGUCGACGACUGCCAAUUUGUGCUGAUGGCUCAAGCGGACUACGUGCGUAUCAUGCUAAAGGUACCUGAGAAUUUCCAGCGCCAUACGGACUCAGCCGGCGAAAUCAUCAGCGAAACCGAACGAAGGUACGCCAUAGUUGGUCUGUGUUUUCUUCUUCGAUUCGCCGGCGUGGGCGUGUAA